GUUUGGUCAACGGGGAUUUACUGUUGAUGGCGGUGUGAACAAUCUAAGAGUCGGAGAAUGGAAUGCAUAAAGAGAUCACAAAACGAACUCACAACUCGGCCGGCUUGACCGGGAGCAGAAGAGAUUUGAGUGUAUGGGCCAAAGGGACGCGCUCAUAUGCGCCCACAGCGACGAUGCUCCCCAUCGCUCGAAUAUCCUCUCGACCGGCAUGCUCACGGGCAGUAUACUUGCAAAGGCGAACUCCGGUGAUACGUCGCACCUUCCUGGGCUGGCUCAAAUCGAAAACAAAAGCGGCACCGGCUCCACCAAAACCCCUCCUUGAGCAGGAUGAUCUUUUCCACCCCUUCACAACAUCCCCCAUCCCUUCAAUACGGGACAGAGCCAAGGUGAUCAAAUCGAUGGCGCCAUGCCCGGUAUGCUUGGAAAUCAAUGGUCAGAACAAGACAGUUACCUACGAUUGUCUCGACUGCGGCUGGCCGACACAUUGCUCGGAGGAGCAUCAUGCCCAGGACUUAGACCAUGCCAAGUACUGCGGGCGGCUGAGGGAGGUGAACGAAGACGAGCAUGAUCUUCGGAGUGGAAGGCAGAUGUGGGAGUUUGAACUGCCAGGCGAGCAAAGCUACGAAGAGGCAAUUUCAUUCGCCAAUUGGGAUUUGCUCUGGUAUACGAGAGGCUUCCCCUCGAUAGAUACAGACCGGUCAAGACGACAUCUGAGCAAGUUGCUUACAUAUCCUAUGACAAUCGCUGGCAUCCUACACCAAUACAGUGGGUUCACAACACGGAACCAGCGUUUAACACCGGAAGGAGCUCGAUCGAUGGCCGCUCUCCGUUCCGUCCUGUUUUCGGAUGCGGCCAUCUCUUCGCGAGAAAAUCCUCUGGCGUUGCAGGACACGGUCCGGGUAUUUAUGGUCGGUGCACGUGCCGAGUCGUCCCUACCACCCCACGUAUGGGAGGAGCUCAACCAUUGUUUCCCAAACGUCAACAUUCACUUGCAUUUCAUCGGUCCUCAAGCGGCUCUCCCAGCUGCGCCUUCUUCCGACUCAUCAAAGCCAACUGAUGCUACGACGACAGCCGAACAAGCUAAGUCAGCAGAACCUGCCCCUGUCGAAACCAAAACUGCGGCGUCGACUCCAGUGCCCACCGAACACCCUGCGGCGGAGUCAGGAGCAGAGGGAGAAUCGUCCCCAUUAGCCAUCUGGAUGCCCGCCACUCCCGUGAUCUCCAAGCCUGGUAUGCGGAGCCGUGAUGAGCUCGCUAAAUGGGGCGUACCAUCUUACACCGAUCCGAGGAACAAACAUAUGACGCUCACAUCUAUCCGAUCCCGGUACGAGGAGAUGCAUGAACAGUUUGGGCCGUUCGACCCGUACACAGACGUGUUCUUCUUCUUCUGCCCCGGCUUUGGUUUCCCGUCGCCGACUCAUCCCGAGCUGCUGCAAAUCGAGUCUCCAGACGAAUGGGCUGGUGUGCUGCAAGAGCUGCUCCCGACCAAAUGCGCCAUUUUUGUGACGGGAUUCUCGCCCACUGAUGUCGAGCGUGACGUGAAGAGCCUGGACGGCGUGGCUGGAGUGGAGGGUGAGUUUGACUGGAUUCUGACACCGGGAAACAAUCCCUUCGGCAGCGAGAAAUGGGAUGUGGCGGAUUUUGAUCCCCGGGUUAUGAUUCGGCCCAAUUGGGGAGUGUGGGGCAUCCGUGGGAAACAGAGGGAGAUCCAGCGCAGGCAUGUUGAGGAAUUCGCAGGGUAAAACGGUGGCGGUCAGUUCAUGAGCAUGUAGCAUUUUCAAAGUAGUUUUGACCACCACUCCUCGCAUUGCAAGAC